AUGGAACGUUUGUGCGCGGAACGAGCGCAACUUAGAAGAUUCUUCACGAUUGCCGCGAAUGGUUGUGAAGAAACCUUUGGAAAACCUGAGGCAACCGUCGAGGAGGUAACUGUUGCUUUUAUUAAGCUUACCGACAAGGCUGAUAGGCUUUUUCUUCUCGAUGAUAAAGUAAAAGAAAUUAUGUUCGAGUCAUUGGAUCAGGUCAAAGAAGAAGAUUUAGGUAAGGAGUUUGAAACUGUGGAGAAGUACAGGGACACCUGGCUAACUUUGAGUGCUAGAAAGAAUGAGUUACUGGAAAAAGUCAAGGUCAACACAGCGUGUCCUACCGAAGUUUCUGCUGCUGCUCCUAGUGAUAACCUCACCCUCAAAUUACCUAAGUUGGAUCUCCCAAAAUUCGACAUCACGCCUAAAACAUGGAUCAGUUUUUGGGCAUAUUUCAAGAAAAUCCAUGAAAGAGAGGACCUGCCUUCUGAGGAUAAGUUCUUGAUUUUGUUGCGUAUUGCCAAGGAUGGUACCCAAGCAAAGGAACUGUUGAGUAGCUAUCCUGCAUCGGGGGCCAAUUAUCCGAAGGCUUUUGGCCAACUGAAAAACCGUUUUGGCCGUGAUGAAUUGCUGAUUGAGUUGUAUGUUAGGGAGCUUCUCUCAUUGGUCUUGGUACAGGCAUCGGGCAAAGUUUCUUUGACUCUCGCACAGCUUCAUGACAAGCUAGAAACCCAGCUAAUGGCCUUGGAGAGUUUGGGAGUUACAUCAGAAAAAUACGCGUGCAUGCUCGCGCCUUUAAUUGAAUCCGCACUUCCUGAGUCAAUUUUGCGGGAAUGGGAGCGUAAGCGGAAGUCGUGCGGCAUUGAUGAAUCAUCCCUCUUUGAAGCUGCAGAUCAAAUGGUCAAGUUGCGAGAUUUUCUGAAGAGAGAGGUUGAAAGCGAGGAGCGGUUUCUGCUAGCUAGGAGCACGUUUUCUGUCCCCAGCGCUGCACCAAAGAGCAGUGCUGGGAAUGUCAAGUCCUCGACUGGAAAGUACACCACAGCUGCUGACCUAGUUGGUAUUGAGUCCACUGAAGGCACUGAAGAUGUCAGUUGCAUUUUUUGCAAAAAUUCUCACAAUACCGAAUUGUGUUCAGAGGCGAGGGACAAGAGCAAAGAGGAGAAAAUUAAGCUCCUCAAAGCUAAAAGCCGCUGUUUUAAGUGUCUGAAAAAAUUCCACGGGAAACGGCCUUGUAAGGAAAAGCUGUGUUGCUUAGUUUGUGCUGAACCUCAUGUUACUGUGAUGUGCCCAAUUCCUCGUAACCGGAAUUCAACGUCUAUUGAAAUUAGUGAGGCAACGAAGAAAGAAAACGAUGUAGAGCACAACUAUGCUAGUAUCCAGAGUGCACCAGUUUUGAUGCAAACGUUGAGGGUUCGUUUGAAAGGAGAAAAUCCUGUCACCACCAGGUUGUUGAUUGACACAGGUUCUCAAAGAAGUUAUAUAACUCAAGCGCUGGCUACCAGAAUGCGCUAUGAGCCGAUCCGCACUGAGAACUUGGUUCAUGCAUUGUUUGGUGGGAGCAAGACUGAACCCAAGACGUUCAAUGCAUCAAUGCUAUAA